AUGAUUUCACUUCGAGGAUUUUUGGUGAUUCUCACUAUACCAGCGAGGCUAAUAUGGGCUCUCAUUUCGUAUGCCAUUUUCGGUGGCGUCAAUGAGAAAUUCCAAAACGAUCUCUUCAACUCAGUGAAGAUUCAUGCUCUCCGAAUCGGGUUAGACAUCCCUGUUAGAGACUUUAUUUAUCUUGGAAAAGGUGCAGAUCACAUCAUAAAUAAAACAGUAAAGUCUCUGCUUCCAAGUUUGACCAAGUUAAACAACUAUGGAAUGAGAUAUGAUCAACAAAGCAUCUGGCUCGUUGAGGCCAAGAACCGGUCUACUUCGGACCCCAUUAUCAUCUACUGUCACGGGGGUGGUUAUAUAGCAGGACCAUUUCCACAACAAUACGAAACAAUCUUGGGCAUGUACCAUUUGUUGGAUGAGAGGAAAAGGACAAAAACAUCCGUAUUGGCACUUCAUUAUCAUUUGGUUGGAAGCGGAGGCGCUAUUGGCUCUCACGUUGAUGAAUUGGCGGCAACGUAUAUUAAGUUGGCCGAAGCGGGCAAUGACAAUAUUGUGUUGAUGGGUGAUUCAGCAGGUGGAAACUUGGCCAUUGUCCUUUUACAGUAUUUAAAACAACAGAAAAAUCCAAAAUUGGCGUGGCCCAGAUCAACAGUCUUGAUGAGUCCCUGGGUGAAGAUGGUUCCCGAGAAGUACCAGUUGAGUCCAGGUCACUCGUACCAUGAUAAUAAAAAUCGAGACUAUUUGGAGGCACGAUUCGUUGGAACGCCAAAGCGACUUGAAGCAUUAUUCGGUGGAGUAAACUAUGCUGAUAUUUUGAUAUCUCCGGGUAAUUUGCCAUACAAAGUUGAAGAUUGGAAGGAAAUUCCAACUCUAAACGACAGGGGCUACUCGACAUUUGUCAUUCUAGGUGAGCAUGAGGUGUUUAGAGAUGAUAUUUUGGAGUGGUCGCAAUACGCAGUUGGGUCCAAUUUGAAGCCCCAAAGUAAAGAUUCGGGUGGGAUUGUCAACUCCGCUGUACAAGAAUACAAGACUGAUGGUAAGAAUGGUGCAUAUAUUGAUGUUGUCGUUGAGCCUUGGGCCCUCCAUGCUCAUGUUGUCACUUUUGAGAGCGAUAUCGGUAAGAAGUUGGAGAAGAAUCCUCAAUUAAAAUUGGAAAAUUUGGACAAACUGAAGUUUUUUGGUGUGGUUAGAAUUGUGGAGUUUUUGAACAGGACGUUGGAUGUGAGCACGGAGAAAGAGGAAUUGCUGACAACUGUCAAAGUUAAACAAGGGAAGCUCGUGGAAACUUUAUAG